UUCUGCUAACGAGAGAGCCUUGCAGGCAAAACAUAUUCUCGCCCUGACGGCCGGAGCGGCUCAGCUUCGAAGACCGAAAAGCCCUAAACCCCUUCCCGCUGACAACCGCCACAAAAGUCGAUCAACGCCACCACCCGCCGCCGCCGCCGCAACAAUUUGAUUCUGCUAGUUGAUCUUCCCUUGCUCCAAUUCAACAUCGCGCUCACUUAUACGGACACGCGCAUUGCGCUCGUUCUAUUUCUUUAUCUUUUUUACAUCUUUCCUGGUGGAGUAUAGCCUCAACAAGCAGAAGAAGGUUAACAUAUGUAGAUAUCGACUUUAAUAACAGCCAGUAGUGAGAUGUUUUGUUCAUGGAUUCGAGCCCUUUCCGCCGUAAAGAGCCGCCCUGGGUUUGGUCUUCGUUCGGGCAUCAUUACACAACACAGACAUGCCAAUUAUGCAACUGCUCGAUUCUACAAAGUCAGAGUAUCCCCCAAGUCAUCCCUAAAUCACGAGAGUGUUGCUGUAAAUAACAUUGGAAGAUCACUUUCGUACUGGGAUUAUUGCAAGUUGAUCUCAUGCCGGCAGUAUUUCAUGAUUCAAAAUACUGGCGGGUUUUCCACCUUGCCUGCCCAAGAAUCUGAAGAUGCAUCUGGAAUGGACAAUAAAGGUGGAAGUGAUUUGGAAGAAUUCUACGUUGAUUCAGAUGCUGCUGCUUGUAGUGAUAAGCCAAAAGUGAGAGGCAACUUUAAGAAGCCUGUUGAUUUCACGAAAGUUGAUCUCAACUUGCUUCCAACAGUUGUUAUUAUAGGGCGCCCAAAUGUUGGCAAGUCAGCUCUGUUUAAUCGUUUAAUUCGACGGAGAGAGGCUCUUGUGUUCAACACUCCUUCAGAUCAUGUUACACGGGAUAUACGAGAAGGCGUAGCCAAAUUGAGUGAUUUACGAUUCAGAGUGUUGGACUCAGCUGGCUUAGAAGCAGAGGCAUCUUCUGGUUCAGUUCUCAACAGAACAGCAGAAAUGACUGGAAAAGUGUUAGCAAGGUCCCAACUUGUGCUAUUCCUCAUAGAUGCAAGAGAUGGGCUGCAGCCCAUGGAUUUGGAUGUUGGGAAGUGGUUGCGCAGACAUGCUUCUGGUAUGAAGAUUAUAGUAGUGAUGAAUAAAUCUGAAUCACUCGAUGAUGGUGCUGGAUCUCUUGCUGCUGCGGCCGGUGAAGCACACAUGUUAGGGUUUGGGGAGCCUAUUGCUCUAUCUGCUGAGACUGGACUGGGAAUGACAGAUCUUUACGAAGCUCUAAGGCCAUUGCUGGAGGACUAUAUGCUCCAGGUUCUAAAUGACGGAGAUAAUCAUCAAAAUAGCACCUGUGAGGAUGAAGAGUCUAAGUUGCCAUUACAGUUGGCAAUUGUAGGGCGGCCCAAUGUUGGGAAGUCAACAUUGAUGAACACAUUAUUACAAGAAGAACGUGUUCUAGUGGGACCAGAAGCAGGUUUAACAAGAGAUUCAAUCAGAGCUCAAUUUCAGUAUCGAGGGAGAACUGUAUACUUGGUGGACACUGCUGGUUGGCUGGAAAGGACAAAGCAGGAAAAAGGACCAUCAUCCUUGAGUAUUGUGCAAUCAAGAAAAAAUCUUAUGCGGGCCCAUGUGGUUGCUCUGGUCCUUGAUGCUGAAGAGAUUGCAAAAGCUAGGAGGAGUAUGAAGCAUGCUGAAGUAGUUAUAGCCAGACGGGCUGUGGAAGAAGGACGUGGGUUGGUUGUGAUUGUAAACAAGAUGGAUCUUCUAAAAGGGAAGUUACAUGAAAAUGUAGUUAAUGCUGUUCCUGAAGAAGUGCAGAAAGUUAUACCACAGGUGACUGGCAUUCCAGUUGUUUUUGUGUCAGCGUUAGAGGGAAGGGGUCAAACAGAUGUGAUGCGUGAAGUAAUCAACACCUAUGAGAAAUGGUGUUUGAGAUUGCCAACUGCUCGUCUCAACCGCUGGUUACUCAAGGUUAUGAGCAGGCAUUCCUGGAAAGAUCAGGCUGCUCAACCAAAGAUCAAAUACUUCACUCAGGUGAAGGCUCGGCCACCUACUUUUGUUGCCUUUGUCAGAGGAAAGACACAGCUCUCGGAUACAGACCUCAGGUUCUUAACAAAGUCUUUAAAGGAAGAUUUCGAUUUGGGAGGGAUACCCGUCAGGAUUAUACAGCGGUCUGUUCUUAGAAGUCCCCAAGGCAGCAGCUGUAACAGCAAGAGCAGCCAUUCUUCUGGUAAAGUGGCUGACAGGAUGGCGUCCGACAAGAGAAGUGCCCUCUGUUAAGAAGGCAACAGCACCAACUCAAAAGGAUGCUGACAUUAUGUUCUAUGAUACUGUGUUCUUGAAUGUUUCUCUGUUUUAUAUAGCCUUAGGUCUCCGGCAUGAUAUUUUGACAAAAAUGUAUUCCAUUUACAUACAUUAUUUUUAGCAAAAUGACGAUGCUAUUUAUAUAUGAUUGAGGAGUAUCUAUUUGGAGAAUGUAA